AUGGCAGAAGCUGGAGCCCACCUGAACAAAAGAGAGUCCAGCUGUUCAAUGUGUGUGGAUCUCCUGAAGGACCCAGUGACUACUCCCUGUGGACACAGUUACUGCGGGGACUGUAUUGAAGACUAUUGGGUCCAAGCGGACAAUGCUGGAGUCUACAGAUGUCCUCAGUGCAGACAGACCUUCACACCAAGACCUGUUCUGGGAAGAAACACCAUGUUGGCUGAAGUGCUGGAGAAAGUGAAGAAGGCAGAAGUCCAAGCUGCUCCUCCUGAUCGCUGCUACGCUGGACCUGGAGAUGCGGAGUGUGAUGUGUGUAUCGGGAGAAAGAAGAAAGCUGUCAAGUCCUGUCUGGUGUGUCUCGCCUCGUACUGCGAGACUCACCUCCAGCCCCACUACGAGUCUCCAACUUUUAAGAAGCACAAGCUGAUCGAUGCCACGGGACAACUGCAGGACAAGAUCUGUUCCCUCCACGAGAAACUGCUGGAGAUCUACUGUCGUACCGACCGCCAGCGUAUCUGUCGUGCGUGCGUGAUGGACGAACACAGGACACACGAUACAGUGUCAGCUGCUGCAGGAAGGACUGAGAAACAGAACCACCUGGAAGUGACACAGAGGGAAUUCCAGCAGAGAGAGGAGGACAUGAAGGAGCUGAGACAGGCCGUGGACUCUCUCGCACGCUCUGCACAGGCAGCGCUGGAGGACACCGAGAGCAUCUUCGGCGAGAUGAUGCACUCCGUCGAGAGAAGACGCUCGGAGGUGAGAGACCUGAUCGGAGCUCAGGAGAAGGCUGCCAUACGUUGGGCUACAGGACUCCAGGAGCAACUGGAGCAGGAGAUUGCUGAGCUGAAGAGGAGAUGCUCUGAGCUGGACAAGUUUUCAACCACAGAAGAUCACAUUGAAUUCCUCCAGAGUUUCCAGUUUGUCUGUGCUCCUCCUGUAUCUGGAGACUUACCAAGAGUCACAGUCAGUCCACAAUGUUCUUUUGAGGAUGUGAGGAAAACUUUGUCUGCGCUGAAAGACCAAAUAGAGGACGCCAGCAAGACUAAAUUAAUACAGAUCUCUGAAACAGUGCAGGAUGUGGACUUCCUCAAGGCUCCAGAACCAAGAACCAGGACACAGUUCCUGCAGUAUGCCUGCCAGCCCACGCUGGACCCAAAUACAGCACAUGACCAUCUCUCGCUGUCUGAGGAGCAUCGAGUGGCAACAAGAACAACAGUCAACCAAUACCCUCAUCACCCAGACAGAUUUAAUGCCUUGCACCAAGUUCUGUGUAGAGAGGCUCUGUGUGGACGCUCUUACUGGGAGGUUCAGUGGAGUGGGAGAGGGGUUGAUAUAGCGGUGUCCUAUAGAGGGAUCAGUAGGAAAGGAAGGGGGAAUAACAGUAUGUUUGGGCACAAUGACAAGUCCUGGAGUUUGUUCUGCUCUCCCUCUGGUUACUAUUUCUUGCACAGUAAUAAGAGAACCGCAGUAUCUGGUCCUCACUCGUCCACGAUAGGAGUGUACCUGGACCACAGGGCAGGAACUCUGUCCUUCUACAGCGUCUCAAAGGACACCAUGACCCUCCUCCACAAGGUCCAGACCACCUUCACUGAGCCCCUCUAUCCUGGGUUUUGGAUACUGGGAUCUGAGUUUGGGAGCAAUUUUUUUGUAAAACUGUCUUCUUUUCAAUGCAAGACCGAUUGUUAGUGAACUUUUCUUUAGAGCCAGAAAAUUGUUCCCAAAGGAUUCAUGUGACUGACACCAGGUGUGGGUAGGUUAGGUCUUUCACCCUCCUGCAUGGGUUGUGUGCUGUCAGCUGCAGGGAACAGGAAAAAUUUGUCAGUGACAGGGGAACAUCCUCUGUUUGGUCUUGAAAACACUGUAGCUUUCAAUACAUAGAAAUAUUAAACCAUCUGUGUGUUUGCUUGAUGUACUUUUUAUGUGGAGGCCUAGUACCUGCUGUUGCUGAAGUUGUUCAGAGAGCUUUGGAUGAAAAGAGGUCUUGUGGUUGGAUGGUGAUGAGUUUGUAGAAAACAGUGGAAAGCGAAAGCAUGAAGGACAGUGGGCGUUUACAAACCUUGUACUGAGCUUGAUAGAAACAGAGGGGUUUGCUCUGUUGUUUUCCUCCUCAAAUUUUCUUUUUUUAAGAUAAGAUACUUUAUUGUCAUUGUAUGCAAUACAAAAAAUUUUGUGUGGGAGCCCUAAGAACAGCAGCAGCAGAAAGAUCAUUUUAAAUAAAUAAAUAAAUAAAAACACUAAAGUCCUCAGUCUUUAACAGCCUUGGGGGGUAGCUGUGAGGGAGUAAUGGAGACGGCAGCUGGCUUUUGUGAUCAGUUUUCUCUGGUUGGCAGGAUGGGAGUGACGGAGCCCACGGCUCUGGGAAAGAAGCUGUUCCUCAUUCCUCAGUUGGUGGAGGAUUUUAUUGUCCUGAACCAUUUGCCAAAUGGCAGCGAUUCAAACCCAGAGCAACUGAGGUCAUGUUCAAAGUCCAGUUUAAAAAAUAAAUUUUGUUCUGGUUAAUGCUUUCCUCUCAGUCCGACCCACACUUUCA